ACAAAAAGAAAGUGACCUUCCACUACAACUCUCAUCAACAUCAUCAUCUAAUCGCCAAUCAACCACGUUUUGUAGUUGUAUAUAAUUAUUAUUCCCCAUUUCUCUACUUGGAAUCUUUCAAUACCCAGUAUUAAUCAAAGAAAAACCAGAUAAGAUUGGUGGUUGUCUCAAUUAUUAUUAUUAACCCAUAUUUUAUCCCCUUUUUCUCUUCAUUAUUGUUCCUACUAUAAUUCCUAUUUACAGGUAUUCAAAGUUCUCAUCUUUCUUGUUUAAUUUUUAAGUCAUUUGUGAAAUUCAAGUUUUUUCCAGGCUAUUGUUAAUUUAAGCUCAUAUAUUGGUGGUACAUAGUAUCUGGAUUGUUAAAUCAUGGGUUCAGAAGGUCCUGCACCAUCACCAGUAACGGUUCAUGUGACGGGUUUUAAGAAGUUCCACGGAGUUGCUGAAAAUCCAACUGAAACGAUUGUGCGUAAUCUGAAAGAGUACAUGGAGAAGAAGGGUUUGCCGAAAGGGUUGGCUCUAGGAAGCUGCAAUAUUCUUGAGACUGCAGGACAUGGAGCAGUUGUUCCUCUUCAUCAGACGCUGCAAUCUGCAAUUAACGAGAAUGAUUCAGAAUUGCCUAAUUCAGGGAAAGUUAUUUGGUUACAUUUAGGAGUUAACAGUGGCGCUACACGAUUUGCUAUUGAGAAUCAGGCUGUCAACGAAGCCACUUUUCGCUGCCCUGAUGAAAUGGGAUGGAAACCUCAGAAAGUCCAGAUUAUUCCUGCAGAUGGAGAGAUCACUAGAACAAGAAAGACUUCACUCGCCGUUGAGGAGAUUACAUCGGUUUUGACAAAAAAAGGUUACGAGGUGAUGACAUCCGAUGAUGCAGGCCGCUUCGUGUGUAACUAUGUCUACUACCAUUCACUCUGGUUCGCAGAGCAAAACGGGACAAAGUCCCUAUUUGUACAUGUGCCCCUAUUCUCUACUAUAAACGAAGAAACCCAGAUGCAGUUUGUAGCUUCCCUAUUGGAGGUACUUGCAUCCUUGCCGUAGCACUCUAGGUAGCAACUCACGUCUUGUCCAGUGCUUGUGUGAGUUUGUAUUGUUGGGUUUGUAUUCAGAGUGCAGGAGAAUGGAGGCAUGUUUGUUACAUGCCGGAGGAAACCGUCUUAAGUUACUAAUUACAUCUUGGGCUCUCUCUUUUCUAUCAAUCUUUUGGCUAGUAUUCCAAAAUUUCAUUAGAAUAUAUGCAAUUUGCUUUGAUAAUGACCAAAGAUAAUCAGGAAGAGUCUUUAAAACUCCAUUUGAUUCCAGGAGUUGUAGACAAUUAUUUUUUACUAAAACUCUUAAAUGGUAUUAUAAUGAUAAGUAUUAAGUUU